AGUGAGAGAUUUCUCCUGCAUCGUCUUUCUGUUCAGCUAUUCUUGGGCGGCCAUCACUUCCCAGAGUCACGGAUUUUCUCGCGAAAGAGUGGCGAGACAGCGGAAAAUUGUGCCCAGUGAUUGAAUCCCGAAGAGCAUCAAGCGCCGCAAAAGACCGCCCGCACGAGAGUUCUGUGAUUUAUCCGAGGAAGUGCCAAUUGCGAUGGACUUCUCCGCGGACUUCGAGCCCAAGAGCGACCACUCCCCGGCCCAGGGGAGCGCCGGACAGGCUGGCCAAUCCCAGGUGAGCGCCACCAGCUCCACGGACGACUUUGAGCAUGUGGACCCGUUCUCGUCGCACAACCUCAUGGACGACGAUGGCUUCUUCGGCGCGGCCCCGAAGCAGGCCAAGGAGGCCUCGGCCAGCCUCCUGGACGACUUCCUCAGCAACGACAUUCCAAAGGCCGCGCACAAGGAGCCGGACUUCGCCUUCGACGACUUCAAGGCGGACGCCACGAAGAGCUUCAUGGACGCCGAGCGCUUCCAGCCGCUGCCCCCGAAGGCGGCCACGCCGCCGCUGCUGGACCAGAUCGAGGACGACUACCUGAACCCCUACGCGUCGCAGAAGGAGAAGUUCGUCUCGUCCGAGGACUUCCUGGAGGACUUCAAGGAGCCGGAGCGCAAGGCGCCCGAGCCGCUGGCGCCCACCAAGCCACUCCCGCCGGAGCCCAAGGUGGCCGCCGAGCCCCCGAAGCCCGAGCCGCCGCCGCCCAAGCCCGCGCCCGCGGUGCAGGAGCGCCCCAAGGCGGAGCCCCCGAAGCCGCCGCAGAAGGUGGAGAAGAAGGUGGAGGAGCGGAUCGCCGCCGAGGAGAUGUUCUGCCGCUUCGGACUGGAUACAUGGUUUAAGCCUGAACGCUUGCAUCCACGAGUGGAAUCUCUCAUCUACUGGCGCGACCCGAAGAAGUCUGGCGCGGUGUUCGGAGCCGGAUUGGCCGUUCUCCUGGCCAUGGUCUGCUUCUCUGUCAUCAGUGUCUUCGCCUAUCUCUCGCUGACCGUUCUCCUGGGCACCAUUGUCUUCACAAUCUACAAAAAUGUCCUGCAAGCCGUGCAGAAGACGUCAGAAGGACAUCCCUUCAAAUCCAUCUUGGAAACUGACCUCACGCUGCCUCAGGACAAGGUUCAGCAGGCUGUCAAUGUGGGCGUGACUCACGUGAAUUCAGUGAUUGUGGAGCUUCGUCGUCUCUUCCUGGUGGAAGAUCUCGUGGACUCGAUUAAGUUUGCUCUGCUGCUCUGGUGUCUCACUUACGUGGGCUCGUGGUUCAAUGGCAUGUCCAUCGUGAUCAUCCUCUUCGUGGCUCUGUUUACUCUGCCGAAAGUGUAUGAGAACAACAAGCAAUCGAUCGAUGCUUAUCUGGAUCUAGUCAGGAGUAAAGUGAUAGAAAUCACCGACAAGGCUAAAGCAGCUGUCCCGAUUGGAAAGAAAACCGAGAGUGAUAAGGAUAAGUAAAUUAUGUGAGGGGAAAUCAAUGCAAUUUUCAAAAAAACAACAAUCUCUCGCAUCUUGCUUUCUCAGAGAAGUCACAUGAUAUAAAAUCAUAUACCAUAAUUAUUCUGUCGUUUUAUGUUUUUAUAUUGAUAGCGAAGAUAACGGUAUAAAUUCGUCAGAUGAAUAUAUAAAAUGAAGAGAAGUUUUUGAUAGAUAAGUGAAAUAUAUUUGAAAUUUGAGGACAAACUUUUUGGGAAUUAAUAGUAUAAAAAAAAUGGAAAUAAUCAUUGAAAUACAUUUUUUUUGCGAAAUAGUCACAUUUUCUGUUGAUCUAAUGAAAAGAAAGAAAAAAAUAAAAAUUUCAUUGUUAGAGAAGAAUUAAAUAAUGAGAAGAUAUAAAGAAAAAUAACACUAAAAAUAUCAGUGGAGGAGAAAAGAAGAGAAAACUUUAUCAUGAAGAACACAAUAUUUAAUGAAGAGAAGGGAAAAGAGAAACAGUAAAAUCUAAAUAUUUAUGGUAUAUAUAAAUAAAUUAAUGAGAUAUAUUUAUGUUACUAAGUCGACUCACAUUUUAAUAGUAAUUGUAAUUGAUGAAAAAGGAAAUAAAAAAAAAUUACUGAUAUUACUUGUAAAUAUUGCAAAACUUUCUUGAAACAAAAAAAAUGCGAAGAAACAACUAAAAAAAAUUGUAAAUAUGAUUUCUUUUCUACUUUUCUCGAUCAAUUUUUAGGACUUUUUCCCUACCCAAAUUAUUAUUAAUUAAUUAAUUUCACCUGUAAUUUUGUAGUGAGAAGAAUUGCUUUCUUUGUCAAAAAUCCUAUGAUUUCUUUUUCACUCCUCUCAAUAAAAAAAAAAUAGUAUAAAAGGCAAAAUUUUUCAAGACAUUGAGAGUGUUGCUCGUGUUGCUUAUAUGAAUAAUUAAUUCUUUUUACCUGUUUCACUGCACAUUUUAAUGGAUAUAUUAAUAUACAAAAAAAACUGUGCGAGAAAAAGAUUGUAAAAGUGGGUGAAAUUCUAUGACAAAAGCAGUGGAAGAAAUAUUUAGAGAAAAUGAAGAAAUAUACCUAAUCAAUAAUCACGUUUGAAGAAUUGAAUAAGUAAUUGUGGCUCAUCAAUGAAUUAAAUACAAAGUCGGUGUUUUUCAGUUUAUUUUUUAAACUUAAUUCUCAACACAUUUUCUCAUUUUUC